AUGGUGCAGAAAAGUGAGAAUGGAAAGGCCACUGGUGACAAGCUGAGGGACACCCCAUGCUUCUAUCACCUUUCACAUCACAAGUCAUCUGUGGCGGAUGAGGUUGUUGGCCCACCCCACAUGCAAGCGCCCUGGUCCCUGAAUGAGGACGAUGAAUCUUUUUGGAGUCCUGGUAGGGUCUAUACAAGCAUAUUGCUUGUCAACUAUCGUGAGGUUUUACUGGUUGACUGUGGAGCGGUCCUGGCCCCGCCCCGCUGCAGGAUGCGCGAGCGGCUGUCCGCGUGGAGACCCAGCCAGAAGAACCCAGCCAAGCCCUGGGAAGUUCCUGCUGUUGGGACCGCCGUCAAGCAACGCGACCGCAGCUUCAAUUCGCCGCUGUGGCUCGAGGGCCGAAACCCCCAAUUCAGCAGACGAACCGACCGUGUAUGUACAACCUGCGCGAGUUUCUGGAUUCGAGGCAGGGCACUCGCUUGUUUAGUCGGCACGUCCAUCCCGGAGAAGUGUGGCAGACAACACGGUCUGGGACGGGACAAGCAGUUCCACGGCGCACCAGAAGUGCCGCCAUUGCCAAUUCCUGAUCACGGAAAUGCCCUCGAGGGCGGCUAA